AUGGCCGACAUGAAUGGAACACAGGUUGCUGUCCAUGCAGGGAACAUGCAGCCAACUGUCUCCAGCAGCUCUUGGCAGGAUGAGGCAAAGAGAGGAGCAGAAAUUGUAGCAACUGUUCUCAUCUUCCUGGUGAGAAACCCUCCAGUCAUUAUCCACUAUUACUGCAAACUAAGCUGAGACACUUAACAAGACAUCGCAUACAUUAUAUUAAUAGUUGGGGAUCUGUUUGUUAUAACAUUAGGCUUGUAUAAAUUUCUAAUCUUCUGCAUAGCACUCCCUUGUCUUGAAGGUAAAUGGAGGCAGCAAGAAGGUAAAGCUUCACAUAAUGACUGAGAGCUGUGAACUCUAAUAUUCUUUCAAAGGUUAAAAAAAUAAGCCUUUGAAAGAGUAUUAGAACUGGUGACACUCCAGACACCAAAACUCGUAGCAGACUCUCAAAAACCACAACUUCUCAUUUUAACACUCUGUGUACACGGACGUAACAAGUUCAUAAACUGAUUUUACCAGUUAGAGGAGAGCGGGGUAAGUUGAGCCACCUCCUGUUGCUUGGAAAUGGUGAAAGAAAUUGAUCAUGUGACAAAAUACUUCGGAGAUGGGCAUCAAUUCAUGAAGUCUGUGAAGGUUAGAAGCGCAUGGGUGAAGGGGUUAGACAUUUAUUUACAAAAAAAACUUGUUUUCGCUCUUGAAAGUGAAUUUAGUCUUUUUAGAAUUGUGUUCAGACCAAAAGAGAUCAUUUUAAAUUUGUUUUAAACAUCGAUUGAGGUAUCUAUGAGCUACAACAUGAGGUCAAAAACCAAACAUAAAAGUCCACCAUUUUAGCUAAGAGGACUAAUAAAGUCAUCAUAGUAGUUCUGGGGUAAAUUGAGCCAGUGGUUCAACUGAGAAAGUAAAGAAGUCUGAUGAGAGGGUCAGAGUUUCAGUUCAGAUUGUUGAAAUGUUUGACUUUUUCUUUUCACAAAUACAGCUGUGAAUGUUCUGAAUCACUUAAAGACAUUCUCAUGUUAAAAUGACUUUUUACAAAACCAUUUUUUAACAGUUAUAUGCAAUAAUAAUAAUAAAAAAUAAUUAUUGUACCAGUUGAAUAGCGUAUAAUAGAUAAAAAUACACAUGAAUGUGAAGAAGUGACUGUUAUUUAGGGAGAGAGAAGGUGAGGGAGGGCUGGGGUGGAGAGUGGGGGUGUAGUAGGGAUACGGCUCAACUUACCCCACUCCUAUGGUAGGAGACCACUUUUUUUGGCAUGCUAUAUUAUAAAGACAGUUCUGUUUACACUCAUUCUGUUGGUUUGCAGGGAUGAACAACAUCUUCAAAUAUAUGCAGAUACACGAGUUGGAGAAAAAACUAUGAUUGACUUGAUGUAGUGAUCUGAAAUAUGAAAAAUGGCUCAUCUUACCCCACUCUCCCCUAUACAGAGGCAGGCAUUACCAGGAUGGCUGUGUCCCAUUUCCUCUUAAUAGAAAGCUCUAUGCCAACAAGCAAUGACAUCACAUUUAUAACAUGCAAAAACACAAUGUACUAGAAUUGCAAAGACUGUGAAAAUCAGCCUCUCCUGUAUGCUGGUGGUAACUUGUCUUUCUUGCUUCAUCAAGGUGGGUGUAUCUCUGAAUGGGAUCGUGGUUUGGGCACUUGGGAUGAGGGGUCGUCGCCACCUGGUUCGCAGGGGCAGCAGCGAAGAAACGCGUGCAGCCAGCAGUUUCCGGAUUUACGUGCUACACUUGGCCUUGGCUGACCUGGUGCUGCUCCUGCGUACUCCUCUUAUGUUAGGCUAUCUGGCCCACAACUACAGCUGGCCUUUCAGCCGUGGUUUCUGCCAGCUGAUCAUGUUCCUGCGAGGUCUGGGCUUGUACGCAUCUGCUUUCCUCCUCUGUGCCGUGGCCUUGGAGCGAUGCCUGUGUCUGCUGAAGCCUGUAUGGGCCGGACUGCGUCGCCCCUCCUGGGCCGUUCCCCUGGCCUGUGGCAUCUUAUGGCUGAUGGCCACAAUCUUAUCUGCCCCCUACUUCUACACCUCCAACUUGAGAGAACGGAACGGGACAUUUCAUUGUCUGGAGAGUGUGAAGUUUAACAUAGGUCUGUUGGUCACAGAAACUGUUGCUGGGUUCAUCUUGCCCUUGGUGGUGUUUUUGGGAAGUAACCUGGCUGUUUUGCUGACUGUUAAGCAGACAGUGCCGGCAACACCCUCGUCUUCAUCGACCCCCUCAGUCGCCCGCAGGAUGACCAGGAUGUAUCACGUCAUGUUUUUCACCAUGCUCCUCUUUCUCACCUGCUGGGUACCAUAUUUUGUCUGUCGGCUCUUGCGGGCUUUGGCUGAGGGACAUCCUAGAUCGAGUGCGCAUUACCGAGGAGUCGUAAUCGGCUCAUACAUUUCCCUGUACCUGGUGUACUUUAAAAGCGCUCUCAACCCAGUACUGUACGUGUUCGCUGCCCGGGGCUUAGGCCGUGCUAUCAAAGCUUCACUGGUCUCCACUAUUGAACGACUUUUCAAUGAUGACUCCAUGGAGUCCAUUCGACGGAAGUCAAUCAAGAACUCUCUCAAAAACUCACAAAUAUAG